UCUUCUUGUUACGGUUCAAUGUAUAAAGGAGCUCUGCAAGGAAGAAGUAAAUUAGCUAGUUUGGCAUUUGAAAAACAAAUACCGCCUAGGACACGCAGCUGGCUUAAUUUGAUAAUCGAUAUCAAAACGUUCUCUUCUUUAGAAAAACUCCUACUUACAGGCUCAUUUGAAUGUGAUGACGAAUAUUAUAAGUUGAACUACCGACUUUUCCAAAACUUGUUUUCGACACAAGUCCGAGAACUUCGCGUGAAUCACAACUGUUUCAAAGAAAUAUUACCACCUGAAGAUAUUCUCAAUGUUCCACAAACACUUCAAAUCCUGGACCUCUCCUACAAUAACCUGACGUGUUUGUGUAUUGAAAUGCAUAAUAUUUUGAUUUUGAAUUUACAACACAACGUCCUAGGUAAUUGUUUACGGAAGCAUUAUUGUCCACGAACAAAAAAUCUUCGAAUAGAAAAACUCGAUUUGUCAUUUAACGUUAUAUAUCAGUUAUCAGAUAUGAUGUUUGCUGGGCACAAAAAAUUAGAAAUUCUUAAUCUCAGUAAUAAUCUUCUAUCAGACAUUAACUUCAAUCUUUCUAAUACACCAAAAUUGCAAAUACUAGAUCUUUCAAACAAUAAUAUUACAAUCAUAUCAAAUCAGCAAGCAUUGAUGACACUGACAAAAAUGAUGGGACAAUCAACAUUCGUCAUUGACCUAUCAAAUAAUGUAUUACGUUGCAACUGUUAUACAGUAGGAUUUUUAGAAUGGAUCGUGAAUAAUUUGGAACAUUUCCGUAACAAUGAUAUUUAUAAAUGCAAUUUGGAAAACAAAACUAUCAUUACUAUGCAUAAUUUUAGGAAAAUAGUUGGACAACUAGCUAAAGAUUGUAAUUCAUAUAGUACAAUUGUAAUAAGUGUUACAUUAGGAAUUGUUGUGUUUCUAAUUACUCUUUGUGUGGGACUAAUGUAUCGCUAUAGAUGGAAACUUCGCUAUAUGUAUUAUAUGACCAAAAGUAAGUACUAUAGAUAUAAACCUGAUGAUGAUAACGAAUCUUAUACGUAUAAUGCAUUCAUUUCAUAUUCUGAUGUGGAGAAAGAUUUUGUGGUCAAAGAAUGUAUUCCAAUUCUUGAACAAGAUGAUAAAAUGAAAUUAUGCAUACAUCAUCGAGAUUUUCUUCCCGGUGAGGAAAUAUCAGUUAAUAUAACAAACGCUAUCCAUGAGAGUAAAAAGACGAUAUGCAUUAUAACCAGAUCAUUUCUGGACUCUUAUUACUGCAUGUUUGAAUUUAACAUGGCCAGAAUGGAGAGUAUUUAUUCAAGAAACGAACAAAAUAUUCUGUUUUUAGUGUUUUAUGAACAAAUUCAACCUCGAAAUCUUCCGUUGGUUAUGUUAGAACUGGUUCAAAACCAGUCGUAUAUAGAGUACCCACAUGACGAACAAGGAAAUGUUGUAUUCUGGGAAAAAGUCAAGGAAGCUAUUGCGUAA